AUGCCAGGAAGCUCGAACCAGCGCAAAGUUGUAAUUGUGGGCGCAGGGCCAGUGGGUUCCUUAGCAGCCCUCUAUGCGGCCGCUCGAGGCGAUCAUGUCGAGCUCUAUGAACUUCGCGGAGAUCUCCGCGAUCCGUCGACAAUUCCCCUCAACUUCACCAAGUCGAUCAACUUGGCGAUCUCGGAGCGAGGAAUUCACUCCAUGAAACUCACCAACCGUCCCGAGUUCGUUCAGCGGAUUCUCCAGGAAGCGAUUCCUAUGCACGGGCGCAUGAUUCAUGGCCGUGCAGCCAAUGGAGCACUCUGGGAAGAGGCACAGGCAUAUGAUGUUCACGGACGAUAUAUCAAUGCGAUAGACCGCGGGGUGCUCAACACGGUCUUGCUAGAUGAGCUAGAAAAGACGCCGAACGUCAAGCUCUUCUUCAACCAUAAGCUGACUGGUGCUGAUUUCAAAAGCAACAAAGCUUGGUUUGAACGGCGGAACCCAACCGAUUCGGUUGGGACGUUUAAAGCGGCCUCCAGCCAGGAUGAUAAAUCUAUCAAUGUCACUCGAGCUCCGGAACUUGAAGUUCCGUUUGAUCUCUUGAUCGGCGCGGACGGAGCGCAUUCAGCCACCAGGUUCCAUCUGAUGAAGUUCGCGCGGAUGGAUUAUCAACAGGACUAUAUCGAUACCUUGUGGUGUGAGUUCCAGAUCACGCCAUCAGAUGACAACAGCUUCCGCAUCUCUCCCAACCACCUCCAUAUCUGGCCAGGGCGCGAAUUCAUGUUCAUCGCCCUCCCCUCACCAAACAAGCAUUUUACGUGCACCCUAUUCGCCCCAUCAGCGCACUUUGCCGCACUCGAAAAAUCUCCAGACCAACUCCACGAAUUCUUCGACACUCACUUCCCAGGGGUAUCAGAGCUCAUCACGCCGGAUGCCCUAAAGGAGCAAUUUAUCAAUAACCCACACCUCCCAUUAAUCAGCAUCAAAUGCUCCCCUCACCAUUUCAACUCCAGCGUCGUCAUCCUCGGCGACGCAUCCCACGCCGUGCUCCCAUUUUACGGCCAAGGCCUCAACGCCGGCCUCGAAGAUGUCCGCAUCCUCUUUGAGCUCCUCGAUGAACAUGGCGUAUACUCUUCAGAAAACGCCAACAAUCCCGCUCGCAUCAAGGAAUCGCGCGCCGCGGCAUUGAACGCAUAUACCAAGCAACGCGUUCCCGACGCCCACGCCAUCAACGACCUCUCCCGCCGCAACUACAUCGAGAUGCGCUGGGGCGUCAAAUCGCACACGUAUCGCAUCCGCAAAGCCAUCGAGGAGGCCUUGUAUCGCUAUGCGCCCGGCCUUGGCUGGUCAACGCAGUACUCUCGCGUCAGCUUUGGGAACCAGCGGUAUUCUGAAGUCGAGCACGCCACAGCUCGCCAGAGCAAAGUGUUUGGAUGUGGAGGUGGCGCCGUGUGA